AUGGUCACCGGUAGGGUGUUGCUGAUUGCCGGCUCUGACAGCUCCGGCGGCGCCGGCCUCGAAGCCGGGCAGAAAGUGCUCGCCGCCCAUGGAUGCUACGCCAUGACGGCGACGACGGCGCUGACAGCCCAGAACACUAUGGGUGUUCACGCUCUUCAUCCCAUCCCUUCCGGUUUUGUCGAGUGUCAGAUCGAGGCUUGCUUGAACGACGUGGGCGCAGAUGUCGUCACGACAGGCAUGCUGGCAGCUGCAGAUACUAUCGAGGCCGUUUCCCGGCAAUUGAAGAAGCACAAAGUGCCCAUUCUCGUUGUCGAUCCGGUCAUGGUCUCGACGUCUGGCUCAGAACUUCUGCCCCACGAUGCCAUCCAAGGUCUUUGCCGUCAUCUCUUCCCACUCACCACCAUCCUCACGCCCAAUAUCCCGGAGGCAAGACUCAUCCUUGACGCCAACCCUCCUCCUUCGCAAACUGCGUGCGCGAGGAAUGGUCGAGACAUAGAAUCGGUGUCCGAUAUCGAGAUCAUCGGCCGCCGCAUCCAGACCCUCGGUCCAAAGUGGGUGCUCGUCAAGGGUGGGCACCUGCCCUUUAGGCGGGACAUGAGAGUUGCUUCGACCGAGUCCGAGAUGGAUCUGGUCGUCGAUGUUCUCCUUGGGCCUAACGGCUUCGUCCUGCGCGUCGAGAGCCCCUGGCAGCAAAGCACCAGCACCCACGGCACGGGCUGCUCUCUCGCAGCCGCCAUCGCAUCGGGACUCGCCAACGGCCGAGACGUUCCCACCUCCGUCCUGGCUGCCUGCCGAUACGUCGAGGCCGGCAUCCGGACAGCCCCGGGGCUUGGCGAUGGUCAUGGGCCCCUGGACCACUUUCACUCGACAUACACCCUGCCCUUUUCUUCAGGCUACUUUGUCGAAUACCUCCUCGAGCGCUCCGAUGUCAGCGACGUGUGGAAGCCAUUUGUGCACCACCAGUUCGUCAAGGCACUUGGAGAUGGCACUCUCCCUCUCGAGUCGUUCAAAGGCUACAUAAUCCAAGACUACUUAUUCCUGGCAUCUUGCACCGCCUACACGCGUUAUAUUCUCGACGUCGGCCAGAGCGAUGACUCGCUCGCCUUGCAGAUGGCCCUCGCACCUUGCCUCCUCGGUUAUGCUGCCGUCGCCAAGAUGCUGCAGGCGGACUCCAACACCCGCCGCGAGGGUAACAUGUACUGGUCCUGGAUUGAGAACUACUUGGCCGAUGACUAUAUUGCGGCCGUCAAGCAAGGCUCUCAGUUUUUGGAGGAUAGAAUGCGACAGCAGUCGCCCAGCCGGAUAGAGGAGCUAGUCAAGAUAUUCAUCCACGCAACAAAGAUGGAAAUUGGGUUUUGGGAAAUGUUCCCCUGUUCUUGA